AAUUAUUACAAUUUUUUUUUUUUAAAAGUUUGCUUAUAACGAUAUGUUAAUUUUCAAAAACUGAUUUGAACAAAAAUGGAAAAGUCUACAAUAUCAGGUGGUUUGUUUUCAACUUAUUCAAUUUUCAGUAAUGCUGCUGGAGUUGCUGGGAACCUAUGUGCAUUUGUUUUGUUUGUAUCACCAAUACCAACAUUCAGAAGGAUAAUCAGGAGCAAAUCAACAGAACAGUUUUCAGGGCUGCCUUAUAUAUAUGCUUUGUUGAAUUGCUUAAUAUGUCUUUGGUAUGGUACACCAAUUAUAUCUCCUGGUAUUAUACUGGUUUUUACGGUUAAUUCUGUUGGCGCGGUAUUCCAGUUGGCGUAUAUACUCAUCUUCAUCGUAUAUGCAGAGCGAACGAAGAAGUUGAAGAUGUUAGGGCUGUUGCUUGGUGUUUUUGCUGCAUUUGCUGCUGUGAUUUCCAUCAGCAUCUGUCUAUUUCAACCUCCAAAUCGACAAACUUUUGUCGGAUAUUUGUCCGUGUUAUCUCUCAUUUCGAUGUUUGCUUCUCCGUUGUUCAUAAUUAAUUUGGUUAUCAGAACAAGAAGUGUUGAGUACAUGCCAUUCUAUCUGUCCCUUGCAACUUUUCUAAUGAGCCUUUCUUUCUUUGCUUAUGGAAUGUUUAAGCAAGAUGCAUUUAUCUAUGUACCAAAUGGUAUAGGAGGAGUUCUCGGUGCCAUACAACUAAUCUUGUACUGGAGAUACAGCAGACCUAAUGAAGAGCCAACAAGACCUCUCCUGGAGUCCAACGCGUGAAAAAACUACAUCCGAGCUGAAAAUACUUACUUGCACCCAGUGUUUACAUCAAACUACAUAAUUUGUAUACAAGAUGCAUGUCUUGCAUCAAUAGAAUUGGUGUAAACACCAGGCUUGUCUAGUCUUUUUUCCCAUUGAAAAGUCAUCCAAAAACUCUUUUUUCUGUUCUCAUUCUUUUCGAAUUUGGUAUUGCAUACAGUUGGUA